AUCAGGGAUCAGGAUUGAGCUAGAAAAUGCGAAAUAGCAACUGGCAACAUGCAAUAGGCUAGCUGAAUGCGUUGUUUUCGGUUUUCAGUUUUCAGUUUUUUUUUGCUUUUUUUGCUUUGAAUUCAUUUUUGUUCACUUAAAAUUCGAGGCAAAACGUAUUUGUAUUCUGUCAUUAUACACUUGGGUCUCUUGGGCCAUAAUCUUUAAUUUUCUUGCAUCAUGGCUCCGAAGACGCGCGCCCAAACACGCUUAAAAGCAGAGACCAAAGCAACCGCAUCAACAGCAUUCACUGUGCCGGUAGACAGCUGGUUCCAGUUCCUAGAGAACCAGAGUGCACAGGAGAUAGCGCUGCCGGUAUCACUGCUGUUUGCCAUACUUGUGCGGUGGUGCAUAUCCCUCCAUGGCUACUCUGGGAUGGGGAACCCGCCCAUGUUCGGCGACUACGAGGCGCAGCGGCACUGGAUGGAGAUUACGACACAUCUGCCGCCAUCAAAAUGGUAUUCCUAUGACCUGAAGUACUGGGGGCUCGACUAUCCGCCAUUGACAGCGUUCCAGAGCUGGGCAUGUGGGUACAUUGCUAGCCUCAUCAAUCCCGCCUGGGUCGCUCUGGGUAGGUCGCGUGGCAUCGAGACGCACGCUAGCAAGCUGUUUAUGCGGGCUACGGUGCUUGCGCUGGACCUGGCGAUAUACGUGCCGGCAGUCGUGCUGUUCUUCAGGCUGAAGCUGGUUUCGGUGUCCUGGGCUGCCAGGCAAGCGUCCAUAUUUACUGUGCUGCUCCAGCCCUGCCUGCUGCUCAUCGACCACGGCCAUUUUCAGUACAACUCAGUUAUGCUGGGGUUCCUCAUGUGGGCCGUGUACUUUGCCGCGCGUGAGCACUAUGUGGCAAUGGCAAUUGCCUUCUGCUGCGCCCUCAUGUUCAAGCAGAUGGCAUUGUACUAUGCACCGACAAUAUUCUUCUUUCUACUUGCCAAGUGCUUCCAGCGCCGCCAUGGCUUUGUGCUGUUUGUCAAGCUUGGCCUGGCGGUCAUCGCAACAUUCAGCGUCAUGCUUUUGCCGUGGAUCCAGUCUCGUUCCCAGCUCGAACAAAUCCUCGUUCGUGUAUUCCCUGUAGCGCGCGGUUUGUACGAGGACAAGGUGGCCAACGUGUGGUGUGCGGUCAAUGUAGCUGUCAAGCUACGCAGCAUAUUCGAGACCAAAUACCUUUUGCGUCUGGCGACAGCAGCCACGAGUCUGGCAUUUGCGCCGUCCUGCAUUCACUUGUUCAUUGUUGUGAGGCGCUACGCCGGAAAGCAGCCAGCGGAGACGCGGGCCAAUGUGCUCAGGCUUUUGAACUACAGCCUGGUCAACUCUUCGCUCGCCUUUUUCCUCUUUUCGUUCCAGGUUCACGAAAAAUCCAUAUUGCUGCCGCUGGCCCCGGCGCUGUUGCUGAUUAACGACGAGAGCUGGGCCGUCAACUGGUUUGUGCAGGUGGCGCUGUUUAGCAUGUAUCCCCUGUUGUUCAAAGACGGCCUGAAUGUCCCAUAUGCCGUGCUGGCGGUCGGCUGGUCAGUGCUACGCAGCUGCCCCGUGUGUCCGGCUGACAGGCAGACGCCACGCAUUGUAUUUGUUCUGCAGUGGCUCACCACGCUGGCGAUGGUUGCGCUGCACGCAGCGCACGCAUUCGUAUUGCCACCAAAGGCGCUGCCCGAUAUUUACAUCGUGCUGAAUGUCAUCUUUAGCUGCAUGAUGUUUGUCAUGUUCUUGGUAUACUUCAACUAUCGGCAGUUCACAUUGCUGUCGCGCUCGUCCAAGGAAAAAGCGCAGUUGGGAAAGCAAAAGUCCGAGUAAACGGAGAAACGCAGCAAAGUAUCUUUGUGGUGUUGCUUGAUUUAAAUAUUUUUUAAUAAAAGAGAAUCGAGUGAAAG